AUGUAUACAUUUUCCGGUCAUCUCCUACCAUUUAUCAGUAAUCCUCGGCAAAACGCGAGAUACUUUUCAACUCUAUUAAAAAAGUUGCCCGAAUUUUCUGUGGAUUAUCUAGUUAUUGGCGGCGGAGUAGUAGGACUCGCUAUUGCUAAUAGAUUAUCUUGUCGAAACCAUCGCAAAACUUUGCUUGUUGAGAAAAACGCGUCUUCUCGAAAUAGUGAAAUUAUUCACGCUGGGAUAUAUUACUCGGGUGAUUCUUUAAAAACGCGUCUUUGCAUACGUGGAAAAGAACUACUUUAUUCUCUCUUGUCAUCAUCAUCCUCACAUAUUCCAUAUCGACGUGUCGGCAAAUGGAUAGUAUCCGAAGACGAAUCUCAAACAGAAUAUUUACAUACUUUGAAAAAGAAUGCUGAUUUGUUAGGCGUGGAGACAUAUUUUCUGGCAAAGCACGAACAAGAAAGACAGGAACCAGAUGUUAGAGCGGAUGAAGUUUUAGUCUCUCCAACUACUGGUAUUUUUGAUUCUCAUGCGUAUAUGAGAUGGUUGGAAACUAAGAUUAGAGAACAGGAUGGGGAUUUGGCAUUGCAUUCUCAAGUCGUUGGGAUCGAAAAAGACUAUAAUGAAUAUAAAGUAGAGAUUGCGACUUCUACUGAUCAAAUUUCGUCGCCAUUGACCACUUCUAUAAUUAUUUCUGCAAGAAUAGUUAUCAAUGCGGCAGGAUUACACGCGGAUAAGAUAGCAGAAAUGAUACUGCCUACACCUUCAAUUUACAAAAUAUAUUAUGUUAAAGGCCAUUAUUAUGGUUAUCGUGGUCGUGAUAUUAAUGUCAAUCGUUUAAUUUAUCCCGUACCACCAAAAAAUCUCGUGAAUCUUGGAACGCAUUUAACUUUAGAUCUUGCUGGAAAAAUUAGAUUUGGUCCUGAUGUGCAAUAUGUUGAUAGUCCUUAUGAUUAUGACAUUGUUGAUGAAGAUGAUUCCAAAGAGAAUAAGUCACCUAGCGUUAAAGAACAAUUAUAUCGAAGUAUAAAUUCUUAUCUGCCGAAAAUCAGAGAAGAUGCGUUAUAUGCAGAUUAUACAGGAAUCCGACCAAAGCUGCAAGCUCCCGGAGAAUCUUUUCGAGAUUUUAUUAUUCAAGAGGAAACCAAGUAUGGAUUAGAAGGUUUCAUCAAUUUGAUUGGAAUUGAAAGUCCUGGGCUCACUUCAUCAUUGGCAAUUGGUGAAAUGGUAGCAGAUGAAAUUCUAGCUGAUAGAUAG